AUGUUAAUAGAAAAAUAUGACGAGAAACCCAAAUUUGACUUAGGAUUUUCUCCUUUUUAUUUUAUCUCUUAUCCUUUAUACAAUAUUCAAUGUAGAAGUAUUUUAUAUAAACAUUUAAAUAAUUAUGAUGCAAACAUAACAUAUACUCCUUUAAUUAAUAUAAAUAAUUUAAAUAUAAAAACGUAUAUUAUUUAUAUAUUUAAUAGUCUACAUCAGAUAUAUAAUAAUGAGGGAAUAAGAGGAUUAUAUAAAGGGUUAAUUCCAAUGCUGGCUCACAUAGUAUCAAAAAAAUCUAUUUAUUACUUUCUGGAAAAAAUUCAUUUUGUCAUAUUUAGAAGACUAAGAUCUGAAAAGAGAAGAGAUAUUUAUGAUAAAAAAUUAAUACGAAAUUAUGAAAAUAAUCUAAUGAACGAUAAAGAAAAUGAUAAUAAUUUUAUUGGAGAUUCUAUUAACUCAAAAAUUGUCAAGCAAAUUAAUUUUGUUAAAGAAGAAAAUAAUUUUAUUAAAAAGAAAAAGAAAAAGAAAUAUUUCCAUCUCUCUUUAUAUCACAGCUUUUAUGAAUACGUUAGUUGUAUUCUAUCAUAUCCCUUAUUAAAUAUAUCAACAAAAUUAAUUAUAUUUCAAAAUAAUUCAAAAUCGUUAUUAUAUAAUAUAAAAAACAUUAUUCGUUUAACAUACAUGUAUGAUGGAAUAUACGGAUUUUUUAAAGGCCUAAAUAAUUAUCUAAUCAUCCAGUCAAUGGAUAAAGUUUUAAAUUGUUUCUUGUAUAGAACCUUUUCAAACAGUUGUUCAUAUGAUAAAGUUGUUACCAUUAAAGUGGUUUUAUCAACAUGCUUAAAUACAAUAAUGGCUCCUUACAUCCAGUAUUCAAUAUUGAAUAGAUCUCAAUCACUAGUACCUGGGUUAUGCAAAGAGACCACAUUUAGUCAAUUUUUUAGUAAUUUCAAUUGGAAGAGUCACCUGUCUAAUGUAUCUGUUGGGCUAGUUGCCGCUGGAGUUCAAUUGAUAAUCAUAGCGUUACUACCAAAAGAUACAUCAAAAAAUGAAGAUAUAAUUGAUAAUGAAAAAGAUGACAAUGUUUGA